AUGUCUCCCCAACUCUCCUGGAUUGGCCUCGGAAACAUGGGCAGGGGCAUGGUAUCUAACCUCGUAACCAAAGGUCCCGAGUCCCCCCCCGUCAUCAUCUACAACCGCACCACCUCCCGCUCCGAAGCCCUCUCCUCCAAGCUGCCCAAAGGCAAAACCACCAUUGCUACGAGCAUCACCAAAGCAGUCAAGAACGUCGACAUCAUUUUCAUCUGCCUAAGCAACGAUGCCACCGUCACAUCCACCGUCGACACGAUCCUCGAGCAAGAUGUUUCCGGAAAACUAAUCGUCGACUGCUCAACCGUCGGCCCAGAGACAUCGAACGCCCUAGCGAAGAAGAUCUCAGGUGCCGGCGGAGAAUUCGUGGCCAUGCCUGUCUUCGGCGCCCCCGCCAUGGCCGACGCCGGCUCCCUCAUCUGCGUGCUCGCCGGCCCCAAGGCCUCCGUUCAAAAAGUCCUCCCCUACACCACCAACGUCAUGGGCCGCGCCAACAUCGACUUCAGCGACCAAGCGCCCGGCCAAGCCACCCUGCUCAAGAUCAUCGGCAACACCUUCGUCAUCAACAUGGUCGAGUCCCUCGCUGAAGGCCACACCCUCGCCGAGUCGUCCGGGCUCGGAACGGAUAACCUGCACCAGUGGAUCUCGGUCAUGUUCCCCGGUCCGUAUACCGCGUACUCCAGCCGCAUGCUCGCGGGUGACUACUACAAGCGCGAGGAUCCGCUCUUCGCGGUUGAUCUAGCGCGAAAAGACGCGGGCCACGCGCUCAAGAUAGCAGAGCAAAAGGGAGCAAAGCUGCGCGGGUUAGAGGUUGCGGACCAGCAUCUGAAGGAGGUGAAGGAGCAUCUUGGGGCGAAGGGGGAUCUACCGAGUAUAUACGGGGCGGUGCGGAAGGAGAGCGGGUUGAAGUUUGAGAAUGUGGAGUAG